AGCUACUGCUCUGCUAGAUUGAUCAAGAUGGACAACAAACAUGCGUCGGAGACUGAUCAUCACGAUGUCGCGUAUGAGGAUGUGAAGAUUUCUGGGAAUGUGGUUGAGGCGAAUGUUGCGUCUGUGGGUCUUGCUGCCGCUAUCGAAGCUCAAAAGCCCAGACUAUGGUCCAGGAAUAUGAUUCAACUCUACGGUAUCAUGUCAAUUGGCUACCUAGUCUCGACCAUGAAUGGUUUCGACUCGUCUCUCAUGGGCGCCAUCAACGCAAUGGAAGCCUACCAAAAGACCUUUGGUCUUUCCGGAAAGGGAUCUUCCACCGGCAUCGUCUUCAUCGUGUAUGCUCUCGGGCAGAUUGCAGCUUUCCCCUUUUGCGGCUGGCUUGCCGACGGAUACGGGCGAAGAGUGUGUAUAUUUGUGGGAUGUGCGCUUGUGCUUGUCGGAACAGCCGUACAGACUACCGCCCAUGGCACUGGCCAGUUCAUCGGAGGCAGAUUCCUCUUGGGAUUCGGUGCUAGUAUUGCGAGUGCUGCUGGUCCUGCCUACACUGUCGAGCUCGCCCACCCGAAAUACCGUGGAACCAUGGCCGGAAUGUACAACAACUUCUGGUGGGUUGGUAACAUCAUAGCCUCCUGGACAACCUACGGCACCAACCUCCACCUCGAGAAAUCUUCCUGGGCGUGGCGUCUCCCCACUUUGGUCCAAUGUAUCAUGCCAGGCAUCGUGAUGGCCUUCAUCAUGUUUUUCCCCGAAUCUCCCCGCUGGCUCAUGGCUAAAGACCGCACCGAAGAAGCCAUUGCAGUCAUGGCCAAAUAUCACGGCGAUGGCGAUGCGGAAGCCCCCAUCGUGCGUCUCCAGAUUGAGGAAAUCCAAAACGACUUCUCCGUCACCCGCAACGACAAUCCAUGGUGGGACUUCCGCGAGCUGGGAAAUACACCCGCCGCGCGCUACCGCAUCGCCCUCGUCAUCUGCAUGGCCUUCUUCGGCCAAUGGUCAGGAAACAACGUAGUAUCCUACUUCUUACCCCAGAUGAUCGAACAAGCCGGCAUCGAGAACGUAAAAACCCAGCUUCUCAUCAACGCCAUAAACCCCCUUUUCAGUCUCAUCGCCGCAGUGUACGGCGCAACUCUCCUCGACAAACUCGGCCGUCGCAAAAUGCUUAUUGGAGGCCUCAUCGGUGCUCUCUUCUGCUACAUCCUCCUCACUGCCUUCACUGCAAAGUCCACCCCCGAAAACAACCUCUCGUACGGUACGAUUGUCAGCAUCUACCUCUUCGGAAUCUGCUUCGCUUGGGGAUGGACUCCACUACAAACGCUGUACUCUGUGGAAGUACUGGAUAAUCGCAUGCGUGCCAAAGGAUCCGGCAUGAACUUCUUGUUCUUGAACGUUGCCAUGGUUGUUAACACGUUUGGAGUCUCGGUGGGUAUGGAGAAGAUCCAGUGGAAGCUUUACAUUGUAUACAUCAUCUGGAUCGGUGUUGAAAUCGUCGUGGUUUAUUUCUUUUUCGUCGAAACCGCCGGCAAAACCCUCGAAGAACUCAAAGACAUCUUCGAGGCCAAGAACCCGAGGAAGGCAUCUACGAAACGCGUCAAAGUUGCUAUUGACCAGGAGAGUGGGCAGGUUUUGAAUGUUGAGUCUUGA